AUGGCUGAGCGGAUUGCGGCAAGCAGGCAUUUCCUUAAGGCGCUGAACAAUCUGUGGCAGGUGUCAUCCGCAAUUUUUGACAUGGAGGUUCAUUCGCCGAAAUCACGCACCGAACUGGACGACAUGGACUUUGCCAGACGACACAACGAGCUGAGAAACGAGCUAACAGGGUUGAAGGGACCUGAGGCUCUUGGUGAACCAAUGACACAUGGCCAUGGCAACCUCCAUCAUCUGUUUUAUGAGUACGACGCAGGACUCUACAGCUAUCACUGGUCUAACACCUACACCUACGACAUGUUCUACUCUGCCUUUGCUAAGGAUCCCAUGGAUAAGUCUCAAGGUCACCGAUAUAGACACAUGGUUCUCGAGAAGGGCGCCUCGCAAGAUGAAAUGUUCAUACUUGAGCAGUUCCUGAGCCGCAAACCCACUACCGAUGCGUUCUUCAAGGAGCUGGGCCUGGUUGAAUCAGUGGAUACACCGUUAUUGAAGGAAAGUUCCUUCGCUGAACGAGACCCCGCUAUGGACAAAGGCCCCUCAAGUGAGGAGCGUCCUGCCGUCGAAGCAAGAUCCAUUCUUGAGGGAAGUCCCCCUGUCGGGGGAAAUACUUUCGUCGAUGGAGGCCUAUCUGUGGAUGGUGCUUACGUUGUCGGUGGUCGGGUUAUCGAGACCUACCCCUCUGCUGAAGGCGGUCCCGUUGUUGAGCCCACUUCACCGGGGCAGAGGAUCCGCCACAAAAUGCGGCAUAUUGCAGCACACUUCAGGAGGAACAGGCAGUGA